AAAUCUACCAGUAUAAGUUCCGAUUUAUAUUCCUUAAGAACUGCUUUAGGCGUCUGUUUUAAUCUCCUUGUAAAAUGUUCCCAUUUUCAUUUGUAAUAGGUGCUAUAACAGUUAUUUUUCUCAUAUUUCUGUGGAUAAGACGGAGGACAGACAAACUAAACUUACUUACAAAAUGUGGCAUUCCCGGUCCAAAACCUAAUUUUUUAACUGGAAAUUUUAAAGAAUUUCAGUUAGAGCGAGAGAAAUGCAUCGAGGAAUGGUUUAAAAAAUACGGAAAAAUUUUCGGAUUUUAUCUAGGAGCUAAACCGUACAUCAUGUGUUCUGAUAUCGAGUUUCUUAAAAUAAUGGAAGUCAAAGAGUUUAAGAAUUUUUGUAUUAGAGAUAGAAUUUUUCCAAAUGCAGGCGUAAGUCACGAAUUAGCAAAGCAUGCCAUAGCGUUGCAAAAGAGCAUUAAGUGGAAAAUAUUAAGAAGUGUUAUGACUAGUUCCUUUACUUCUCAAAAAAUUAAAACGAUGAGUAGAAUAAUGCAUGGUUCUAUAAUCGAGUUGAUGGAAAAAAUAAAACAAGAAAAUAGCAACCCUCUUGAUAUUAUGGAGCUUUAUAGACAUUCCAUGUUUAAUGCAAUGUCUAAAUUGAUUUUAGGAGUAACAUUUAACGAAGAGAGUGAAAAAUAUAACAAAGUUUUUAAUUCAUUAAAUUAUGCAUUUAAAAAAGAUAUUUUUAGCUUAUCAAAUAAAUUAUCAAUUUAUUUUCCGGAAAUCGAGCCACUUCCUACUUAUUUUCGAUUAUUUAUGGACAUUGCCAGGUAUAUAAUGAACUUUAAUUCAACUCGAUAUCUUUUUAACACGAGUAAGAAAAUUAUUACUUCUAAAAAACAACUAAUGGACAAUCAACAGGAUAUUCUUCAAGCUUUCUUGAAAGCAAAUCGAAACAAAAAAUUAGCAAGCGCUUCUGUUCUGGUUAAUAUUUUAAUGAUGCUGGGGGCUGGAGUUGAAAACAUGAGUUUUUCAUUAGGAUGGUGCAUUUAUUUUCUUGCUCAUAAUCCGAAAGUGCAGGAGAAAAUACGACAGGAGAUUAAUAAAAAUAUUGAAAAAUAUAAAGAUAUUCAAUACGAAGAUCUCGUGAAACUUCAAUAUUUAGAUCAAGCUAUUUCAGAAACACUUCGACUUUCACCAACGUCUCUUUUCAUCAUUAGUAGAGCAUGUGAACAGGAUUUCGUAUACAAAGGACUGACUAUACCAAAACACGUAGGAAUAUUUGUACCCACGAUAAUUCUACAUAGAGAUCCGAAUUAUUGGCAGGAACCAGAUAAAUUUGACCCUGACAGAUUUUCACCUGAAAACAGAAUAAAUAUUAACCCAAUGAUUUAUCAACCAUUUGGAGCAGGACCCAGAAAUUGUGUGGCAUACAGAAUGGCACAAACACUCAUGAAACUGAUCAUGGCUAAUUUAAUCAGAUCUUUCAUUUUUGAUGCUUAUGAAUAUGAGACAUCUGAAAUGACGCCUUCCAUAUUUUUCACUCUUCUAAAGAAUCCAAUUUUAAUCAAAGCAACCCCCAUAACUUCAACUUGAGUGUAAUAAUUGCCACAUUCAGUUAAAAUUUAUUAAUUAUAUUCAUCCUAAGUGUAUUAAAUGUAAAAUUCAAUUUAUUUGCGUUUAACUAUCGAAGUAAUGAAUCUACAUAUCACCAUGUUUCAUAUCGAAGUCAUGGGAAAAUGUCUAACGAUGAUAAUGUUAUCAAAGACACGUGCUUGUAAAUAUUUUAAAAUGUAAAAUGCCUAUUAUUAUUAUAAAUAAAAAUUAUAUACCACUGUUUUU